CAUUGGGCAUUAUUGUAUGUACGAAAUUCUCGAUCUGGUCAUUUUCAAAAGUGAUUCAUUCUUAUUCUGAGGUCAGUGAGGACUGUACUACGUGUACUUCAGUUCAGUGUAGAGAAAUACUUUUAUCACCGUCCCAUUGCACAGGUCGCUGCUGCAGAUAUGGUGUGGAUAUUGCGCUCAAUGCUGUUGUCGUGAAGUGCCAGGAAACACCGUUCACUGUCGUUUAAAUUUAUGAACAGUGGGGGCCACAUUUGUGCAACGUACAUUCAAUACGUUGUUGCGCGGGUUUCCUACCUGUUGUGUGCUGUACUACGUCAAGAAGACACGGGUCAGCUUAGAAAACAUUGCUUGUGGCAUUUAAAACACUGUGUGUCUUGUAUACACACAGGCUUAGAGUUUGCCAGUGGGUUUGAGUUGUAGCAUGGCUUUUGGGCAAGAUCGGAAGCAGAGCUACAUGCGGUAUGUCAGCUGUUUCGGGUGUCCGAUGCUGGAUUUGGUUGCGCCCGUUGAUGAGGCGUUUCUGCAGAAGUACGAACUAACAGCAGAUGGCAACGUGAUGGUGGACGCAGACCGGGCACGUGUGUUUGACGGCGUGAAGGCGUUGGAUGGCGUGAGCAAAGUUGUCGGAGGUGCGGCGCAAAACACUGCUCGUGUGUGCCAGUGGGCUUUGAAGUCACUGACCUGCUCUUCCCCGCUUGGCAGCCGCAGCUCAACAGUGAACAGCGAUAGCGGUGUCAUAGCAGCACAGUGUGUAUCCGUGGGUUGUGUUGGCGAUGAUGAGAAUGGACGUCAGAUUGCCAGCGGUACGGAGCGGGAUGGGGUGCGAGUGGCGUACGCUGUACAUGCCACGCUGUCAACGGGUGUAUGCGCGGCACUCAUCACCGGCGAGACACGCAGUCUAGUCAGCAACUAUGGUGCAUGGAUGCAGUACCCAGGAGAGCAUCUCGACUCGAUCUGGAACGAUAUUGUGGAGCAGUCGCACAUUAUUUACGCCAGUGGAUACUUUGUACAAUCGUGCGAAGAGGCUGCUCGUCGUCUGUGCCGCCAUGUUGAUUGUCAUGGCGACACUGUCAUGCUCUGCGUGAACCUAUCGGCAGAGUACGUGUGCUUGGAGAGUUCCUGUGCGCUACUCUCCGUAAUACAAUCCGCCAGUGUGGUGUUUGGGAAUUACGACGAAGCAUGUGUACUGGCCAAAACGUGUAACUUCUGGGAAGAGGGUGAUGACAUUGAGUCGCUUGCCUGUAAACUUGCUAACGUCCAACCUCACUCGACAGAUAGAGCCUGUGUGUGCUCCGAUGGCAGUGAUUCGAAGCGCACAGCCGAUCGGACGAUAGUCCUGACUCAAGGUCAGAAACCGGUCGUUGUGUGUAGUAGAGCAGGUAGGGCAACCUCCACUGUUCAUAGCUUUCCUGUGGCCACUGUGGACAAGCUAGUGGAUACCAACGGCGCUGGCGACGCAUUUGUCGCCGGCUACUUGUGUGGCCUAGUGUACAAUAUGCCGUCUAGCAAGUGUGUGUCGCUGGCCACUGAAUGUGCGAGGUACAUUGUGCAGGAGGUGGGAUGCACCAUACCUGACAGGCAACUGGAGUUUGCACUGUGACGACGAGUGUGCCGGCUUCGCGAGAAUCUGCAAAUACUUGCCUCUUGCCUUAGUGGCUCUGCAUCACCUAGACCAUGUCCUGGGUUAACCUGGCUUAUCGUGUUUGUUUACACGCGUACACCUGGGUGUAUCUUACUCCCUAGCCUGGGUGUAUCUUACACCCUAGCCUGGGUGUAUCUUACACCCUAGCCUGGGUUUAUGCUGAACACUGUACUAGUGAAUGUAGGCAUGGUGAUGGUAGGCAUGGUGAUGGUAGGCACGGUGAUGGUAGGCAUGGUGAUGGUAGGCAUGGUGAUGGUAUGCCAUGUAGUUUAUACUAUCUACCGCAGCACAUGUUAAACUACUUCCGAGAAGUGAACAUUAGUAAUUUAUUGACAUGACGUGUGCUCCGUCUCCAGUUGGCAUGAUUCUAUCUCAUCUUCUCAAAUUUUAAUAGUCCUGUUUUCGUAGAAAGGUUUCAGUUUUUGGUUCACUUGUGGCAGGUCCACGUGCGGGUAGAGUCUGUUGCUCUGUUUGUUUGUUUGCGUUUUUUCUGUGGUGUGAUUUUGCUCUGUACUGCAAUGUGUGUCACAGCA